AUGUCAUCUCCACGAACCAGCGAGCAGACGACCAUUGACGCACCUGAGGAAACCCGACACGAACCUCCACCAGGUUCAGGGAGAGCUGAGUCGAAGCUUUUACAGUGGCCACCAAAAAGACUCAAGAGUGGACUGUCUAAACCCUCAGAAAUUCUACUCAGUCUGCUUUCCUUCCUUCUGGUAGCUGUUAUGGUUACAUACAUUGCGAUUCUACUUUUGAACAAUGGACAAGACAUUGAAGCCCUGUCACAGACUUGGACGUUUGCACGCGAAUUUUCCCGACUUGGCCCGACGGUUGUGCCCUUGAUGUUUACUUACAUUGUCGGUAGGGCCGUCAGGAGCUGUGCCCAUUGGAGGUUGCAAAAAGGGGAGCGUAUCGGGGCCUUAGACAGCCUCUUAGGAUCAACGACGCUGACAGGCACGAUCACUACCAUGGCUGAUCUUAGAAAAGUCGAAAUUUUGGGGUUUACACUACUGAUGGUUUGGUCACUAUCGCCGCUGGGAGGACAGGCAACGCUCCGAGUUCUGACUCCGCGAACCGAGGAAAUCUCGUCUCUUGUGACGCUACCAUACCUCGACCAUGAUGUUGGGUACCCCGAAAGGUUUGCUUCAACAGUGCUAUCAGGCCAACAGAUCCCCAUCAACGCGUUGGUCUUGAGUUCUCUUGGAGCCACAGAUGCAGUGAAAAGGUCAAAAGUAGAUACGUGGGGCAACAUCAAGAUUCCCAUGAUCGAGUCAUUUUCAGUUCAUUCUCUGCUUGAAAGCAAUGAGUGGAUUCAUCUGGAUCAGUAUCAGGACGAGGUGGUGUAUUCCGCUCUGCUCGGUAUUCCUGUUGCCAAUAUUCCCCAGAGGCAUAGGUCCAACUUCACUCUCGAGACAUCGUACGUAAAGUUAGAUUGCACCGAUCUACGCAACUUGACAGGCAAUGCAUCUAUGGAAAUAAACAAUUGGCGUGAGGGAUGCGGGAACGGGCGGUGUCAGCGCAAUUUCAAAUGGGGUGGACUUGCUACUGUCCCUAAUCAGCAAGGAAUGCAGAACUCGACUCACGACAAGCGAUGCUCCGACCCUCGAAUCGCAGCCAGAGAAAUGCUUUAUUGGAACUGGGAGUUGUCAGAAUACUAUGGCUCCACAUUUACAAGUUGUUCCAUGACCACGUCGUUCGUUGACGUUCGUGUCUCGUGCUUGGGCUGGGAUUGCGAGGCAACGGCAAUACGGCCAACAAUGCUGGCAUUAGGUGACAGUCGGAGAGCGAACGUGACCUUCUUCGACGAUUGUCCCCAAGAACACGCCACCAUAUGGUCCUGGUUCUUUCGAUACUUCGCAACUUUGGCUGAUAGCGGUGGUGGCGGUGUGCAUUCGACCACUAUCAUUCAGUCGUACUUGGUUGAUCCCAAGUUGGGAUUGAACGCCACGGCGGCUUUCCGCCUCCCGCCAAUUUUCACAGUAGAGAAGAAGCUAUUCUCUAUCCGCCUGGGUCAGCUUCUUAACACCUACUGGUGGGCCAUGAUAGGCAGUGAGCCACUCUUCUUGGGCCAUCCUGAGAAUUACGACGGCGUAACGGUAUGGCCUAAUCAAAGCAGUCUUUGGGGGGCCGCUACAAACGACAACUACGUCUUCUCAAAAGCACAAGCCACCGUUUACAUUAGUUUACAAGUACUUCGAUACAAUAAGGUCUGGAUGGCCGUUCUCGUCGUAGCAACUUUGGUGUUGCUUCUCACAGCAGUGCUAGACCUUGCGCUGAGCCUCAACAUUUGGGUUCCAAGGCUACUCAUGAACAUCUCGACUCUGACGAGGGGCAACCCGAACUUUCACGUGCCCGCCGGCGGUGGAGCACUUUCGGACGAGGCAAGGGCAAAGCUUCUAGCAAAUGUCAAAGUCAGGUUCGGGGACGCUGAAGGGGUUGAUGAAUCUUCUGAUCUCGUCAUUGGGAAUUGCGUGGAACACGGGGGUCGCGUGUCUAGAUUGACGAAGGGGAAACUUUACACCUGA